CUUGUUAUUUUUACAGAACAGCAUUGUGAUUCACGAGAUGUGCCACGCCAUUGGUCAGAUGCACGAACAGUCUCGCUCCGAUAGGGACAACUACGUUACCAUGCUAUGGGACAACAUCAGAGGAGGUCGCGGUAAUAACAACAUGGCCAAAGAUAAUACACUUGACAAUAACAAUUAUGACCACGAGUCUGUUCUACAAUACAGUCUUUGGGCAUUUAACUCCAACGGUAAACCGACAAUGGAGUUUACCGACAGGCGUUUAGACUUCUUGGCCAACUCUGCAAAUGGUCUGACCUUUUACGACAUCAAAGACAUUACUGAUGCCUAUCAGUGUACACGAAAUUGUCCUCUAAAACUGUGCGAGAACGGAGGUUUCCUAGACCACACCUGCGCUUGUUACUGUCCCGACGGCCUGAAGGGUGACAGAUGUCAGCUCGUUGACACCGACAGCAAUUGUGGUGGGAUCAUUGACGUCUCCGGAGGACCAGCAACCAUCACCAGUCCUAACUACCCUAAUAACUACAAUGUGAAUUCUCAGUGUACCUGGCUUGUUAAGGGUGGUGCUACAGACUAUGUAAAAGUAGAUAUUGACGACCUUCACCUCACGGAUAACAACGCUGGCAGAUGUUACCACUGGUUGGAAGUGCAAUACAAUCUGAUUGGCCAAACAGGCCCAAGACGUUGCGGAGUAGUGCAGGGAGAGAAUUACAUCACAUCUAUCGAUGGCUAUCCAAACCUUAUGCUGCUCAGAUUUGACAGCAAGUUCAGCAGUGAUCGCCCCAGCAGCAAGGGAUUUAGUUUGACAGUCAGAAGUGUAGGUAGCGGUUGUGCCACAAGUCCUUGUUUACAGGGAACAUGUAGUACUACAUCGGGCAAUGGGUUCACUUGUACGUGUGAUCAAGGAUUCUCCGGCCAAACUUGCAACAUUCCCUCGGUUUCUUCCAGUUUCUCCUGUACAUUUGAAGGAGGGAAUUGUUUCCUUGUACAAGCUACUGACGACAAUUUUGAUUGGACGAUAAAUUCAGGUUCCACUCCAUCCACUGGCACCGGCCCAGACAGUGCACAGUCUGGUAAUAAUUACUUGUAUGCAGAGGGUUCCAGUCCACGUGUAUCGGGAGAUUUGGCUCGCAUGUCAACCAACCUGAACUUCCCAGCCACGGAUCGAUGUCUGAGGUUCUGGUACUUCAUGUAUGGGAAUUUUGUUGGUCAGCUGGCUGUCGCUACAUCCGGGACCACCACAUCCAAGGCUAAUAUUUGGUCACUGAGUGGAGAUCAGGGACAGACCUGGACACAAGUUUCCGUAAAUGUACCGUCCACCGAAGGACUCCAGAUUUUCUUUGAAACCACCAGAGGACCUAGCUGGAACUCGGAUAUUGCCAUUGAUACUGUGGAAUUGACACCUGGCUUAUGCUCUUCCGUUACACAACCCCCAACUCAAGCCCCCAGGACCACGACCACGACAUCAACAACGACGACAACACCAACCACGACAACACCGACGGAUCCCUGUGUUCCAAACCCAUGCAACAACGGAGGUGUUUGUCUAUCUGGUGCUUUAGGAUGUUUAUGCCAAAGUGGAUUUGCCGGAAGAUUUUGCGACCUGACAGUGACCGAGUACUACAGCUGUACUUUUGAAAAUGCGGAGUGUUUCCUCAGGGACUCCACCAACGAUAACUAUAACUGGACUUUGCAAACAGCUGGAACACCAUCGUCCAACACCGGCCCAAGUAGUGCACACACUGGUUCUAACUAUAUCUUCUACGAGGUAUCCAGUCCUGCGACCCCAGGAGAAACUGCCAAGCUGGAGACUUACAAUGCUAUACCUGCUAUGGAUCGCUGCCUUUCAUUUUGGUAUCAUAUGUAUGGAGGUAGUGUGGGUAAUCUACAGAUUUCUACAACAAGCUCUGGAGUUCUGUGGACAAAGUCUGGUGACCAGGGCGAUAUGUGGGUUAAAGCUACAGUUAACUUGCCAGCGGACCCCUCAUUUCAGCUUUACAUCGAGGCUACACGAGGAAAUAACUGGGAUGGUGAUAUCGCUUUAGAUGACGUUGAAUUAAUUGAUGGAACGUGUCCACAACUACCGUGUGAUCUAGCAACAACUUGUUUGAAUGGAGGAACCUGUCUGCCUGGCAUUGGAAACGGCUUCACAUGUAGUUGUGUCCCAGGCUUCUCCGGAGUCACUUGCCAAAACCCUGUGGGUGGACCAUGCCCAGCCGCACAGGACCCAUGUUUGAACGGCGGCAUCUGUACAGUGACUGGGUCUGUGACCAGCUGUGCCUGUGUGGGUGGAUUCACUGGACAAUUCUGUGGAAAUGCUGGCAGUACUCCAGCUCCUACGGCACCACCAACAGGUACUACAUUUAGGUGCACAUUUGAAGCUGGUGCUCCAUGUUUUCUGAGUCAGGAAACCUUGGACACUUUUGAUUGGACUUUCCCAAAGACUGGUUCAACCCCUUCUGUCAGCACGGGACCGAACAGUGCUAGUGAGGGAACAUCCUAUGCAUUCAUCGAGGCAUCUUCUCCCAGGAGUCACGGAGAAGUAGCCCUUCUUAUGUCUAGUAUCCUGCCAAUGGAGACUUUAUGUCUAACCUUUGACUACCACAUGUAUGGAUCCUCUAUGGGGGACCUCAGGGUCCUAAUCAACGACGUCAGUUCUGCUGCUUUAAACCCCACCAUGAGAGUCUUGUGGACUGAGAGUGGUGACCAGGGAAAUACAUGGCAAAAAACUGCAAUCCAGAUCCCUGCGACACCAUCUCUAAGGGUUUUCUUUGAGGGCAUUCGAGGUACUGGAUACACAUCUGAUGUAGCAAUUGACGAUGUUGUUCUUAGUCCAGGAUAUUGUGGCUGCAUUGUAUCCUCAUGUCAAAAUGGUGGAACCUGCUCUGAGGAUGCACUGGGACAGGUAAGUUGCACCUGCCCCCCCGGAUUUUCUGGAGGAUUGUGCGAAACCUUAGGUGAAAGCCUGCUCCAUUGUUCUUUCGAAGACGGCGCUCACUGUUUCCUACACCAAGACCAGCAAGAUGACUUUGAUUGGUCUACCAAAAGUGGUAGCACCCCUAGCUCUGAUACGGGGCCAUCAUCGGCAUUUGAAGGAAACAAGUACGCUUUCAUUGAAACCUCCAGGCCUAGAAUAGAAUAUGAAAUUGCAGAGUUUUACGCGGAUUUGGGUACCAAUUCUGCUCAGCGCUGUCUGUCCUUUGCCUAUCACAUGUAUGGAAGCGGCAUUGGCAGUCUUGAGAUUUCUCACUUGGACAGUCAGCAGGUUAUGACAUUGUGGUUACGAGCUGGAAACCAGGGAAACAACUGGGAGACGGCAUCUGUGCAAAUCCCUGCUAUGAACAAUGGACAGAUCUACAUCACUGGAGUCCGAGGAGAUGAUUGGAGCGGUGACAUUGCUAUUGAUGACGUGGAACUGAAAACAGGAACAUGUGGAUGCUUUACAAUGCCUUGCAGGAAUGGUGGAACUUGUACCAAUGACAACAGUGCUGUAGGAUUCGUCUGCACCUGUGAUGCAGGAUUCACGGGCGUAUUAUGUGAAAACCCAGAUGGGAGUGUUCCUGUGACCUGCACAUUUGAAGAUGGAGCCUACUGUUUUCUGGAGCAGGUCAAUGCUGCAGUGGACAUUUUUGAUUGGACAAUAAAGCAGGGAGGCACCCCAAGCUCAAACACUGGACCAGAUAAUGCCCACACUGGAUCAAAAUAUGCAUUUAUCGAAGCUUCCUCCCCUAGAAUUAGUGGAGAUAAUGCAAUCCUCAGCUCUGAGCAGACUACUUUCCUACCCAUGAAUCGAUGCCUGCGGUUUUACUUUCACAUGAAGGGUACUUCAAUUGGGGAUCUAAUUGUACUGUCCGGCGAGCGAGGUUCUGAAACAACAGUCUGGAGCUUGUCAGGCGCACAAGGAAACGAUUGGGUGUACACUGAAGUCAGCUUGCCAACAGCAGCUGAUCUUGUGAUUGCGAUUGAGGGUGUGCGAGGGAGCGACUGGAGUGGAGACAUUGCUAUAGACGAUCUGGAGCUUAGUGCCGGACUUUGUUGAUGACUUUGUUCCUUUAGAGGAUGGAUAAAGGAAAUCCAAAUGGAAAUGGAAAUGCUGACAUUAUAUUCAUAUCUAUAUAUAACGCUUAAGUGCUGUUUUGAAUUUUUUUAAAUAAAUCCUAUUAAUGUUGA